AUGCGUUCCUUCAUCCCCCUCGCCGCCGCUCUGGCUACCGUCUCCAACGCCCUCCCCUGCGCCGCUGAGUCCUGCCAGCUCAACGAGAUCCCCUCUACCGUUGUCUGCGGCGGCAACGGCUAUGUGGCCGCUACCGACACCCCGUGGUACAAGAAGUCCCAGGCCGAGGGCACCGUCGAGAAGUGUAUUGAUGCCUGCACGGGCGGAUGCAAGGCCGUCAGCUUCGACACUCAGUACAAGACCUGCUACUUCUACUUCUCCGAGGUCAGCAAGAUGAAGCUGUACGGAAAGUCUACCUUCAACUACUUCGACCGCGCUUGCACCUUUGAGACGACCCCCGAGAGCAUCUGUGGUGGCAAUGGCUACGUCGCCGCCACGAAUACCCCGUGGUACAAGAAGUCGCAGACCGAGGGUACCAUGGGCAAGUGCCUCGAGGCCUGCACGGGCGGAUGCAAGGCCGUCAGCUUCGACACUCAGUACAAGACCUGCUACUUCUACUUUUCCGAGGUCACCAAGAUGAAGCUCUACGGAAAGUCCAGCUUCCACUACUUUGACCGAGCCUGCAAGUUUGAGAACGUUGACCACACCGUCUGCGGCCAGCGCGGCUCGGUCGACGAGUCCGAUCCGGAGCCUUAUGAUUCCAAGGUCAUCUCCUCUGGGGUUAAGGAUGAGUGUCUCGCCUACUGCCACAGCGAUGCUAGCUGUGAAUCUGUCCGCUACAGCCCGAGCGACAAGAAGUGCUACAAGUACGACGUCGCGGUGGCGGAUGCUGGUGUCGAGUUCAGCGCAGAGGCCACCAGCUUGUGGUACGACGAGGACUGCUACAAGUGCACUGCCGCCCCCGAGCCCGUCGGCAAGGCCUAA